CAUUCGGAUGUUAACCUUUUACAGGAGUAUAUGUCAGUGAGGACAAUGCUACCGGAUUUCCGGAGGCCAAUGACAAUUUAGAGGGCCGUCCUCGAGAAAAUACAUAAUUCAUACGGGUAUUGUGAAUUCGGUGAAGAAGCAUGAGCGACCUGUUGACUGAGGAGAUUGUGCAACUGAUCGCGGCCGCUCGAGCUACCGUCGGCACAAAUAAGGCUGCUGAAAGUGCACGACCAAUCGAAAUUGCACAGCCGAAUAGCGUUUACAUCGAGACUAUUGUUGCGCAUUCGUCCUGCGGAAGAAAUUGCUCUCGAGCGAUCCCAGUUGAACUGUGGAGUAUUCGACGAGAAUGGGAUUCACAGCAAACGGGCCUGGCGCCUCUGUUCUUGAAGAACGCCAUAAGAUCUCAUCUACAUUUUUCGCAACUUAAUUCUUGGAUAUCAACCAUGAACGGCCGCUUACCAGAUGGAGUGUGUUGCACAUACAGAAUUUCUACGCAUCAAACUGAACUUACCAGUACCAAUGUUGUGAAUGAACAUACGUUUCCGGUGUGUCGAAUGGAUCGACAAAGCAUUCUAGUCGUUACAGUAAGAUAUAUCAAAGCCGAAAAAAUGCCAUUACCCACUGGACUUUGCUUAACUCUUGGAGCUUUAUCAAAUGAUCAGUGGCUUGCGCCCAGUCCUGUUGAUUCGCCUACAGACGACUGUCCUAUAACACCGUCACCAGACGAAGCGACUGUCUUGAGUCUAAAGCACAAGCCACUUCCUGAUCCAGUUGUCCCUACUCUUGGCGGACCAUCUCCCAAGUUUGUUGCUUUGGCUGGCCCUCUGGAUGAGCGUCCUGCUCGUCGGGUACUAUCGGCAUGUUCCCUAUCCAGUCAGUCGAAUGAUGCUAGCGACUCGAAAGAAAUUGAUGCCCUAGUGAAUCGUCUGCAAACAAUCAAAGGAGAACGUGGACGUCAACGCACAAAAAGUGGUGGAUCGUUGUUCAGUAAAGUCACCGGUCUUCCUCUUCAUUCAAGCCCUGCUCCGUUAUCUCGGCAGCGAAACAGUUUAUCAGCUUCUGACAUCGUUCUUCCCGAAUCACGCCUAAAUCGGCAUCAACCUGGCAGCCUUUUAGGAAAUUUUGAGGAGAGUGCCUUGAAUGGCCGACUUGAUCCAGUAAAAAGACUGGAGGGCUUCAAUUUGCAAAUAGCUGCCUCUGGUGCCUUUUCUUCACCACAUACCUCACUGCCAGUCACCGCCUACUUUUUUGACCUUAAUGACAGCGAAACAGCUCCAUCACCAUAUCUGGGUGUAUGCUCUCUGGAUUCGCUUGGUAGACGUGGCUAUCGCAUUCCAAAACAAGGAACUAUCCAAGCAACUCUUUUCAAUCCCCAAGAGACAGUGGUGAAAGUGUUUGUGGUCGCUUACGACAUGACGGACAUGCCACCAUCAUCACAAACAUUCAUAAGGCAGAGAAUUUUUCUGGGGAGUGGUGAUGAAGAAGGAAAAGCCGAUAAGCACCUCAUCAAUCUCAUUCAUUUUCGACUUGCCACUGAUCGUCGUUGCCGUCUCUACCUCCACACGGAUAUUCGAAUGCUUUUUUCGCAGAAUAACACGCUAGAUGCACUGAAUCUAGAACUAAAAGGUCGCGUAGGCUACGAUUCGGCUCGUUACCGCCUCAUGGCUGAGACGGAAUUGCCGCGACAUCCACGUUAUUCCCCGAAGAAAUAAAACUGCCAUCUAGUUUUCCUCAAUUUCCAGAAGUCUUUGGCAUAGGUCUCACUGCCAUUCGUUGUCAUGUAGGAUUUUUGUGUAGAUAUGCUGUACAUACUGGACAGUAAACGCGGUAGUUCACUCAGUGCUUCGAAAGUCUCGGUUUUCUAUCUCUUCCAUUUGCCUAUCCGACUCUGGAGCAGUGAUUUAUUCCAAUACUCUCGUGUUGCUCUUAUCGCUUCACCUCCGUUUCGUUUCGUUUCCAUUUUACGCAUUUCACAUAUGUAAAUUUUGUAUAUGUCGACACUUUGGGUAGUCAAAUCUUUCUUCUCGUCUGAGUUCACCUAAGUUUUUCCAAAAAUCUAGUUAUGCCUUACAAAGAGUUAAAAUUUAGCCACGUUUGUACAGAUAUCAGGGACACUCAUAGUGGCAUAGUGAUGUUUGGGUCAGUGCUUUCGUAGAUUGCAUUGUAAAUUUUGCCAACAACUCUAUUCGCGUGAAAGAUUAGUCAAUGCAUAUAAGCUUUUCCUAGUUCAUGUGUUUUCUUUUGUUGUAAACAAACCUCUGUUGUUUCUUCCUCACACUUGUUUUUGAAGCAUCG